GGCACGGAAGUGCGGGCACCGGGAGCGGGCGGGGUCGGGGUCGGGGUCGGAGGGGCGUCACUUUGUUGCGUGCGGCAAUCAUGAGGCGGGACGUGCGCAUCCUGUUGCUGGGCGAGGCCCAGGUGGGGAAGACAUCGCUGAUCCUGUCGCUGGUGGGCGAAGAGUUCCCCGAAGAGGUCCCGGCCCGCGCCGAGGAGAUCACUAUCCCCGCCGAUGUCACCCCGGAGAAGGUGCCCACGCACAUCGUGGAUUACUCAGAAACUGAACAGACGGAGGAGGAGCUCCAGGAUGAGAUCCACAAGGCAAAUGUGGUGUGUGUGGUGUAUGAUGUGUCUGAGGAAGCCACCAUUGAGAAGAUCCGAACCAAGUGGAUCCCACUGGUGAAUGGAAGGACUGAGGGGGGGCCCAGGUUGCCUAUUAUUCUGGUGGGCAACAAGUCUGACCUGCGACCUGGGAGCACCAUGGAGGCCGUGCUGCCCAUCAUGAGUCAGUUUCCUGAGAUAGAGACGUGUGUGGAGUGUUCAGCCAAGCAGCUGAGGAACAUCUCAGAGCUGUUCUACUACGCUCAGAAGGCUGUUCUGCACCCCACAGCCCCUCUCUAUGACCCAGAAGCCAAGCAGCUGCGGCCCGCGUGCAUCCAGGCCCUCACACGCAUCUUCAGACUGUCGGACCAGGACCUGGACCAUGCACUUAGCGACGAGGAGCUCAAUGCCUUCCAGAAGUCUUGCUUCGGCCACCCUCUGGCCCCACAGGCCCUGGAGGACGUGAAGAGGGUGGUGUGCAAGAACGUGGAAGGCGGUGUGCAGGAUGACCGGCUGACCCUGGAGGGUUUCCUCUUCUUGAACACACUGUUCAUCCAGCGUGGCCGGCAUGAGACCACGUGGACCAUCCUGCGGCGUUUUGGUUACAGUGACACGCUUGAGCUGACAGCUGAUUAUCUCUUCCCGCCGCUCCAUGUGCCCCCUGGGUGCAGCACUGAACUCAACCACUGUGGCUACCAGUUUGUGCAGCGGGUGUUUGAGAAACAUGACAAGGACCGGGAUGGUGCCCUUUCACCUGUGGAGCUACAGAGCCUCUACAGUGUAUUCCCCAUGGCCCCCUGGGUCCCUGAGCUCCCACAUACUGUCCGUACGGAGGCUGGCCGGCUGCCCUUGCAUGGGUACCUCUGCCAGUGGACCCUGGUGACCUACCUGGAUGUCCAGAGCUGUCUGGCACACCUUGGCUACCUGGGCUACCCCACCCUCUGUGAGCAGGACUCCCAGGCUCAGGCCAUCACAGUCACCCGGAGGAAGAGGCUAGACCAGGAGAAGGGGCAGACGCAGCGCAGUGUCCUCAUGUGCAAGGUGCUGGGCGCCCGAGGUGUGGGCAAGUCUGCCUUCUUGCAAGCCUUUCUUGGCCACAGCCUGAGUGAAGCCAGUGAGUUCUCUGCAGAGCCUCCAGUCCAUGUCAUUGACACAGUGCAGGUCAACGGGCAGGAGAAGUACCUGAUUCUCUGUGAAGUGAGUACAGACAGCUUGCUGGCCACCUCUCUGGACACCACCUGUGAUGUUGCCUGCUUGAUGUUUGAUGGCAGUGACCUCAGGUCCUUUGCACACUGUGCCACUGUCUACAAGCACCAUUACAUGGAUGGCCAGACGCCCUGCCUCUUCGUCUCCUCCAAGGCUGACUUGCCUGAAGGUGUUGCCCCACCAGGCCUGUCCCCAGCUGAGUUCUGCCGCAGGCAUCGGCUGCCUCCUCCUGCCCUGUUUUCCUGCGCUGGUCCAGCCCAACCCAGCACUGACAUCUUCACCAGGCUAGCCACCAUGGCCACCUUCCCGCACCUGGUCCACACGGAGUUGCACCCCGCCCCCUUCUGGCUCAAGGGGGUGCUGGUGGCCGUUGGGGCUGCAGUGGCCACGGUCUUCAGCAUCUCACUGUACAGGAUCCUGGUGAAGAGCCGAUGAUUUCCCUUGACCCUCCUCCCUGGACCUGGGCCUUUCUCCCUGCAGAGGCCCUGCAUUGGCUGUGGGCUUUCCACUUUGUAAUGUUGACCACAAGACCUUCAAGGCACUGGUGUGGGGUGCUGUCCU